UAACUGUGUAUGUGUGUGUAUGUGCAAUAAUUAUUUAGCUAAAAAUGCUGAAAAUUAACAUUCAAUGUGCAUAAUUGGAAUUCAUUUGCCGCUAAUUGAGCACAAAUUACAAAAGAUAUAACCAGAAGAAGAGGAAGCAGAAGCAGAAAUAAACAAACGAAACAAACAAACUGCCAAUAGGUGCGUUUAACUGGCAUGCGCCGCAGUCACUGCAGCCAGUCACUGUUCCAGUCACUGUCCCAGUCACUGUUACUACUACACCACCACACUUGAUGAUGGUCACUUCCUGCAAGAUCGACUCCCAAUCCGCUCUGGCUGUGCCCAACAUGAAUUCGGUUCGCUCCCGCAAACCAGCCAGCAGCAGCAGUAAAAGCAACUCAUCCGGCUUUCGACUUCUGGACGGCGAUCAGCUCGAGAACAACUCGAGUGUCAGUCGAAAUUCGAUAUACAAACUCAAAAUCGAUCUAAUGUUUGACGAUUCCAGAUCAAUGCGUAGCAGCCGCCUCGACGAUCCCCGAGGAUCGCACCGCACACGUUCCAUCAUCAUGUAUGGACGUAGUGAGCUGGCCAGCACCUCAGGCGACAAGCCGCGAUCGCUGAGCAGCUUCCUGCAGGAGUCAAGCGAUUCGGCCAAGGUGCUGGCCGAGGCGGCCAAGAAUGAUGUGCAGCGCAUCAGCAACAGCGUGCAGGCACAGAUCGAGCAGCUCUUCACCGACGUGGCCAAGGAUGCCACGAAUAGCUUCGAUGUCACGUGCCUCGGCUGCUUGCCGCUCAAGGACAAGGUGACCAGCUUACAGGGCCUGCAGGAGCCACUGCGUCAGCUGUACCUGGCUGAGGUUACGAACAAGAAGCUGAAAUCAGGAUCUUUGGAUAUAUGUGCCACAGGAUUGCGCAUUAAGAUCAGCGCCAUGUCCGACACGAGCAAAGAGGACAGCGAUUCGAAUAUAACACCAUUCCAUAAUAUCGCCGUGUGGUCAGCAGUGAAAUUCGUCAUCUCCGACUCGGAUGGAGGCGCGGCAUUUUUACCGCUCAUCACCGACCCCGACAACAUAGACAAGACUGCACUAUUCCAGCCGCUAAGCGCCAUGGAGCAAUUGGCUGUGGAGCAAAGCGAGCACAUGCACGCUCCCAUCUUUGCGGUGGUCAUGCGCUCGGCGAGUGCUCCGAAGAUACUGGAAUGCCACGGAUUCAUCUGCAAGAGCACUGAGGAUGCCAUUGUGAUUGCGGCGACGCUCUACCAGAGCCUGAUGGCGCACGUGAGCACCAGCUCGCACAGGAGCACCAAGCGACGCACGCCUCGGCAGCAGAAUGGAGUCAGCUGCGUCAGCAUUGCUAGCAGCUCGGCCAUGACCAGCUCCAACUACCUGUCCAGGUCACAGAUAGCGCCCAGCAUGAGUGGCCGGCGCAGCUCGUUUCGCAGCAGCGGCGGCAGCUUGUCGGGCGUGAGUCCCAAGCCAAUGGGCGUGGGCGGGUCGACGCCCUCGCGGUCGACGCGCAAGAAGCGGGUCUCGAGCAGCUCGCUCAGCUCGAACAGCAACGUGAUCAACGAGGCGGCCGAGAUCGAGACCUCGACGGAGGAGCGCAAACGCAAGUCGCACAAGACGAAACGGGCGCCGCCUGUGCCGGCGCCGAAUGUGGGCGGCUUCAAGAGCGGCUCGGGGCGCAGCAACAGCAUUGUGUGCACCAAUGGCCAUGUCAAUCGCCUGGGCCAUGCCCAUGGGCACCUGAAGAAGCCCUCUACGCCUACACCGAACGGCAGUGCAAAUGGUCGCAAGAUCAGCGACCUGGUCGCCGCGAGCGCCGUGGCUGCGGCCGGCGAUGGCGAUAUACUAACCCGUGUGGCCAUACCCAGAUCGGGCAGCUUCCUGAACACCGGCGGACUGACCAGGUACAAGUCGAGAGCGGCGCGCCGCACCAACUCCGGCAAAUUGGGCGGUGGAGGAGGGUUUGGUUUGGUUGAUUGGCAUCGUUUGAAUUGUGCUUCUAGUUCCCCACUUGGUUUCAGUGAACUGUUCAAUGAAUUUCGGCUGCACGAGAACCUGCACUCGUUGGACGAGAUACUCUAUGCCAUUAUCGAUGCAGAUGGCAUGUCCUUCAACGACCUGAAGCCCAUCUACAAGGAGUUUCUGCUCAAGCUGGCCGUGACGCUCACACAGGAUGAGCUCUUUCAGCGCUCCAAGAACAUAAUGCGGCGCCAGAAGAAGAAGAAGCAGAAGCGCAAAGCCAGCAUCGGUGGCUCACAGAAGAAAUCCAAGAGCAUCUUCUUUGGCACCAAGAGCCUGAAGAAGGUGUUUCAGCUGGGACAGUUUCGCGCCUGUCGCGGCAAGCUGGCCAAGCCGGCACGCGCCAAGGAGUCACAGUCUGGCAGUGCGGACUCCAACAAGCGCCGCCUGACACCACCCAUUGUCAUUGGUCCACCCACCAGCCAGAGCCAUGCGCAGCAGCAUCAACGCAAUCGCGCGACCACCAGCGGCUCUGAUGUGUCCGUCGUGCGCAACGAGAACGCACUGCAGGGACUCAAUCGAAACAGCAGCAGUGGUUACGUCUCCUGCUCAGAGUGCAGCUACGAUUCGGAAUCGUGCACCUGCACCUCGGCUGAUCGCUGCUAUUGCAGUCUGCGCACGGAGCAUCUGAACCACAAGCUGCGCCAGAAGAACGAGCGCAACAUGGCCAUGGGCAACGGCCGAAAGUCUACGGCCGGCAAUGCUGGAGCAGCCGGCAAUCGCCAUUCGCUGAUAUCGUGCAAGUCGGAGGACAAGUGCUACUGCUCCAUGGUGGAGGAGGAGCCCAACAGCACGCUCGAGCACGACUCGGGCAACACGCACUCGGACACGACCACCUGGUGCGACACGGACAGCUGCAUCAGUGCCAGCAAGUGCUACUGCAAGCGCAGCCAUCGCCGGCAGCGCGCCAAUGCGGCAGCGGCCAAUAUCAGCGAGGAUUCACUCAGUCCGCAGCACAAGUCGCGUGCAUCCCCACGGAAGAGCAAGUCGUCGGAGAAGCUGGGCCUGGACUAUGAGCUCUUUACGAUCGGCGGCAACAGCAAGCCCGUGCAGCCGCAUGAGGCGCUCAGCGUGAAGAAGAGCGUGGAGGCUGCGGCCGUGUUUGCGGACAUGAAACUCAGCCAGACGACGGACAUCAAGAGUCUCUGCCCGCCGAUGAUAAACAGCCAGAAGCUAAAUGGGCGUGCCAGCAAUGGCAGCUGCCAUUCGAGUGUCUCCGCACGCCGUUCCCUGUACCGAGCGCGCGAAUCCUUCAGCACGGAUCGUCUGGGCAAUGGCGGUGCCAUGAUUAUGCCCCUAGCGCCCCCACUGCACAUGAACUCCGCACAGAAGGCGUGCAGCGCCGACGAUCUGCUGAUCAACAUCAAGGCGCUGGAGAAGGCCGCCUCGAUACGCAGCAAUGUGAGCAGGAGCCGCAUGGCCAGCUACCAAUCCAUGCGGGCAGUGAGCGCCUCGCUCGAGGACUCACUGGGGUAUUUGCCAUAGAAUUUUAAUAGAAUACUCAAAUCCCUUAGCUAGCCACUAAGCACACAUACUCACACACAACACACACAUACAUAUGUAUGCAUAUAGCUAAUAAGCAUCUCGAUUUAACUUUAAUGACAGCUUAUGUUUCCCAAGAUAAUUAAAGCCACGCGAGCUACAUAUAAUUAAUUAUCUUGCGAAACGUAAUCAUUUACUAACAUUAUGAUUAUUAUUAUUAUUAUUCAAAUUGUAUACUAUUUAUAAAUAUAUCGACGAACUCCCUAAGACUUUCAAUUUCAACUGAGCAACGUGGUGCAAUACGAAUACCAUCUUAAAUUAUAUACCUACAUAUAUACUAUAUACUAUAUACUAUACAUAAUCCUAGUUUUC